GCUCAGCAGGCAUGCGCAUCAGCUCGCGAGGGAGAGUCGGGUCCGCGGAGCUUCUCCUCCUCCUCGACCUCUGACCCGCCACCCUUCAAUCGGGGCCGCAGGAGCGGCGCCCGCGACAGCUUCGGAGGUGGUGUCACGACACCAUGAAUUCAUUGUGGAAAACACUGGAGGAGCAAAACACCAUUUCAUUGGCUUUGGGAAAGGAAGGCACCAAAGAGAAUGCUGGCCAAAUACCUAGCUCAGAUCAUCGUGAUGGGGGUGCAGGUGGUUGGAAGGGCCUUUGCCCGGGCACUCCGGCAGGAAUUUGCAGCCAGCCGGGCAGCAGCAGAUGCUCGUGGUCGAGCCGGUCAUCAAUCUGCAGCCGCAUCUAACCUUUCUGGACUUAGCCUUCAGGAAGCCCAGCAGAUCCUCAAUAUCUCUAAGCUAAGCCGAGAAGAGAUCCAGAAGAACUUCGAUCAUUUAUUUAAGGUAAAUGAUAAAUCUGUGGGUGGCUCCUUCUACCUACAGUCAAAGGUGGUUCGAGCUAAAGAACGACUAGAUGAAGAGCUCAAAAUCCAGGCCCAGGACGAGAAUGAGAGAAGGCAGAAGCCCAAAACGUAACCACCUAUACUUCCCUAUGUGUGAAUAAUUUAUAGCUCAGUAAUAAAUAUCUUUUCUGCA